AUGUGCUCCUCCCUCUAUGAAGCUGACAUGCGGAACCCACCUGUCGGCUCCGUCUUCUCCAUGCCCUUGUCCUCUUCCUUGAACUCCGCCGCUGCCUACACCUCCCUGAUGCAAAAUGUCACCUGCAAGAAAAAGGAAACUGAGGACAAAAGUAACCAAAGGGAAUCCAGUCACCUUAACGCUGAUUACCUCGGUUCAAACUAG